AACAGCACCACUUCUCUCUGGAUGCGUAGCAACGGACAAUCCACCUAUACACAAGGAGGCUCCCUCCCAACACCAUGUUACGGCAUCUCAAUUUCUCCCCGUUUCGCUCCUAGCGUCGCUGGGAAUGGCGGCAACAGUGGCGACAACAAUCUAUGCUUAUGCGGACCUCCUUUGCACUGAUCCCACUGCCUGUGAAGACUCCGAACAAAGCGCCUACGCCGCGGUUGUCGCCAUAGCAAAUGGUCUCGCUCAUACCGUAGCCAUUCUCAUUCUGGGGCCUUUACAACAUUUGGUGAACCGGUACCUCAGAGCUGGACUCUUCCUGUGGAUUAUCUGCCGGGCAGCGAGCGUGGUAUGUUUGGUUAUCGGAGGUGAUUGCCCCAGUGCGAAACAAGGAAUCAUGAACUACCGCCCGCUGAUGAUAGGAAACAGUCGCCGCCCGGAGUGUGCCGAUUGCAGUAUCGGGUCGUGUCUUUGAGGGACUGGCGUCGGAUAAUCUGUUGCACUUCAAUCUGAAUACUAUCUACGUGUCUGUGACUUCCUCCACACGCAAGGAAGCUUCACGUCCGAUUGCAGCAUCAUUGGCGCUCUAUAUGUUAGGUACCGCCGUGGCACCUAUUGCGGUCACAGUUUUCCGAAGCUAUACCGCGAGCUUCACCACCGCGUUGAUAAUUUUUGCUCUCACGGCUGCCUACCUGGUCAUCUUUGUGCGUCAGCCUGUUCGCGAUGCUACUCGCACUGCAUCGAAUGAAUCUGCCCGACCAGGAUGGCACAAAUCUCCGCUGCGAGUUUUGCUAUCCCCUCUACGGCCUUUCUAUGUCAAUCGGACGGCCAUACCUUAUGGACUGUCGCUCCUAUUAUAUACAGCCGUGCAAGGACAUUUGUUUCCAGUUAUUAUGGUCUUUGGCUCCAUUAGAUUUCACUUUGGUACUUUUGAGAACGGCUUGAUUGUCUCCACAGCCGCCAUCUGUGCCGCACUCCAAAUUUCCUUCCAGGUUUAUGUGGCUCCGAUGUUGGUUCGGUUCGGUCAUUGGCUCGGAUGGGGGGUUCCAAAUCUCUCGAGGGUGCAGCAUCAGGAUCGCAAUGCUGUGGUCGGCGCACUUGUGUUGCAAAUGGUUGCGCUGUCAGCGAUUACCCAAGUGCACAGCCCUAUUCAGUUGUACCUCGCAGUUGCUCUCUCGUCCGCCGGGUUGGCAGUCCCGGCUUUCUUCAAGGCCCACUUUGUCUCAUUCAUGCCGGACGCACCACAGGCUAUAUCUGCGCUGACGUUCAUGGAAAGUGUGGGAGGGCUGGUAUCCCCAUUCGUCCUGGGGGCAUGGCAGGCGGUUAUUCCCGGCCCGUCAGUCUUCUUUCUGGCGGUAGCACUAUUAGGAACCACGCUGGGUCUGUUUUUGGUGGCGGGUCUCUUUCAUUCUUCAGGUCGGGAUUGAGUGACAUUGCUACCCUAACCACCCCCCCUCUAACAUUUUGCUAUGUGCAUGCUAUCGAGGCCAGGCGAGAGUGGAGGGCAACCAUGAACAUUGUUUUAGCUACAGUCAAUGCUGCGUUGCUUCUCUUCGGCCAACUACCGGGAAGUUGAAGGGUCCCGACCAUGUAUUCGCCGGAGCUGUUGAACUGUUCUUUUGACAACAUUGUAUCUUCCUUAACCGUACGAUGUACCCGAGUUGGUUGUUAUGCCGUUCGUUGCCGGGGGGGAAUUAAAACGAAUACCUCGUACUCGCUGUAUGGUUAUGUGGGAUCCGG